AAUAUCCAUUAAGACUCCAUUUCCUCACUUUUAAAACUCAAAGAUUCACCCAGAUCUCUUCCCCAGCCUCAUCCUCACAAAACCUCUCUUUUCCCCUUUCAAAAUUUCUCAAAACCAUCAUCACCAAAGGAAAAUCCACCAAAAAUGGCAGAUCAACGAGAGAUCAAGAUCCCAGUCUUCUCAGUCCUCAAGAACGGAGUCAACCUCAAGAACAUUUUCCUCAACAACCCUCAAUGGGAGUCCACAACCCAAGAUCAGGAACAAGAAACAGAUCCAAUUCUAAUUGGCAGACACCCAGAUUGCCACAUUGUGCUCGAUCACCCGAGCAUCAGCCGCUUCCAUCUCGAGAUCCGGGCAAAACCCGUGUUGCAAAAGCUCUCAGUGAUCGAUCGCUCCUCGGUUCAUGGGACUUGGGUUUCAGGGAGAAAGAUUCAAGCUAAUGUACCUGUGGAUCUCAAUGAAGGGGACACUGUUAAGCUUGGAGCUUCGACGAGGGUUUAUAAGCUCCAUUGGGUCCCAAUGAGUUGUGCUUAUGAGAUGGAGAUGAUCCUGGAGACCGUGAUUGAAGAGAAUGAAGAAACCCAUCAGCUGGAGAAUCUAGAUGUAAAGAUCAAAGAGAUCCCUUCAGCACCUCCUCUACCUGAAUCCUUUACUUUGCCUUUGGAAGAGGAAAAUGAGGGUCUAAUAGUCAAGGAAUUAGGAGAGAGGAGUCCUGGCUUUUGUUCAGUUUUUCCAAUGUCAGAAUCUAUAGGUUCUUCAGUACUUAUGGAUGAAGAGAGCAGUACCCCAGAAAAGAAUGUCAACACUAAUGAAGUUCUGCAAUCUGAAAGGGGUAAAUCAUCGAGCAUUUUGUCGCGAAGGAUCAAAUCUAAAUCAGUUAGCUCUCUUUGCAUCAAGACAGGAAGGAACAAAGAAAAAAGCGCAGCUCUUGAGGAGUCCAAGAAAGAGGAAACACUCUUCAGGGCUCUAUUUGAGAAUGAAAAGGAAAAUGAAGAGGAAGAAAAUUUUGUUUCAGCCGAGGAAAACAUAAAGAGCAGGACACCAGUAAUCCCACCUCGUCACGGGUUAAUGAAGAGCCCUGAAGGAGAUGAUGCAUUUUAUUCAGAUAAAGAGAACUGGACACCUGAGGUUUCAGGAUCAAAGAAAUUCAAGAAACCUGUUCUUGCAGAACCUCUUAAGGUAGACAGAGGAGAAAUAUUUUUCUCGGAUAAGGAGAAUAUGACGCCCGAGGGCAAGAAAUCGAAGAAACCUCUACAAGAAGAAGAAUUCUUUUCAGAAAAGGAGAACUUGACACCUGAAUCAGGAGUUAAGAAAUCAAAUAAGAAGCUCAGUGAAAGCCUCACAAGGAUGGAAAGAGAGAUAACGGAGAGUAGAAGAAAAGAGAGAAUUCCCUUUCAGUCUCUAUUAAAGAACUCUCCUUUGAACAAUAACAGUCCUGUCAGCAAUAACAAAAGAGUAGUAGAUAAAGAAAGAAGCCCCUUCAAGUUUCUGAUAGAGAAAUCUCCUUCGAAGAUCCGCAGUCCUCUCGGUAGUGAACCGCAAAGAAGAGAAACUAAAGAGAAGAUCCCUUAUCAGUCUCUACUGGAGAAUUCACCUUUGAAGAACAGCAGCCCACUCAAACAUGCACAAAGUACAGUAGAAAAAGAGAGAGCCCCGGUUGAAUCUCUACAGACAUCUCCUUUGGAAAAUAGAAGCCCUGUCAGCAGCGCACAAAGAGCAGAAGACACAAGCAACAAGUAUUCAUCUUUCAUCCACAAUCAAAGAACAGAAGACGAGCUAAGCAAUUCCUCUAGCCAAUCUGUGGAACAAGUUCUUCCAGAAACAAGAGCAUAUAAAAACAAAUGGUACAUGGUGGUCGAUACAGCUUGUUUCCUCAACCCGGAAUCAAGAAAAGCUAUCCAGUUACUCGAAGGGCUUAAAGGGACUCAACUCAUUAUCCCAAGGAUAGUGAUUAGGGAACUUGACUGUUUAAAGAGACGCGAGGGCCUAUUCAGAAAGAACACAACAAGGGCAGCUUCUUCAGUGUUGCAGUGGAUCGAAGAGUGCAUGGUUAGAUCAAGUUGGUGGAUUCAUGUACAAAGCUCACUGGAAACCAUGCCAGUGGCACCAACACCCCCUGCUACUCCUCGAUCACCACCGAGCGAUGGAAGUGGUGAAAUGGCUUUCUUCUCCUCUACUAGCAGGAGCCUGAUGGAGAUUGUUUCUCCAACUGAAGAAGACCAUAUUCUUGAUUGUGCUCUCUUGUUUAAGAAAAUGAAGGAUGCUGAGCAUUUGGUUAUGUUAACCGACAGUACUAUAUUGAAAAUCAAAGCAAUGGCAGAGGGUCUGCUAUGUGAGGCGCCGGUUGAGUUUCGAGAGAGCCUUGUAAAUCCUUACUCGAAGAGAUUUCUGUGGUCAGAUAGCAGCCCGAGAGGAUCAACUUGGUCUUGUUUAGGUGAGGUUGGCUUGUUUGAGAGCUAUUACUGUCAAUUAUCAGGUGAAAGAAAGGCGGCAAGAGCAACUGAGAAUGUUAAGGUAUUGAAGCUUAUAUUGCUACACAACUCUCAUUAUGGGAAGACCAGCUAGGUCGUAUAAGGUUUCUAUACGUCCUCUAUGAAUACCAAUAUGUGUCUCAAUAUGUCAAUGUUUGUAUCGUGCAUCCAAGGAUGAGAUUGGGGGAAACCGCGCGAUAUAAGUUGCUGAUAUGAAUUUUGCUUAAAUUUGAAGCAAACUUUUAGUUUAUUUGUAUUAUUGCCAUCUUUUUCAGUUAGUUUACCAGUAAAGUUCCGCAUUUUUUU